UUGUCAGUAUCGAAUGAACGGUCCCAGUGUACGGUCAUAAUCGAUGCAGUUUAGCUACAUUUAGGUUGGUUCGGUCUUACAUGAAGUUUGUGAACACUUAAAACAAGCCGCCUCCAGAGGGACCGCGCCGCGUAGGACACCCAGCGAAGGAACGAGAAAGAAGACAAACAGGUCUUCGGUUGCAAUAUUACUUACGGUUACGGGUAGCACACCUGUUUAUCUUUUUUUUGUGGAAGGUGACUUUAGUGUAGGAGAAACCUGUACGCGAGGUGAAAAUGCAUAUUUAAUCAAGGCAAUUAAGAAACCUUCGAGUUUGGAUUUAAUAGCGGUGAAAGGGGUCCGUGAUAGCGGAAUAUCGAAGUGAGAUAUUUUGGUGCGUAAAGGGAGUGUGACAACGUUCUUCACGAUCGGUGGCGACAGAGAGUGCGUACUGCGCUUCAAAAAUAGAUCUCAAGCGGGCUGUAUUCUGUACCACAGCAAGUUGAAGAUCCCCGAAUAGCUUGACGAGUGAGCUGAAGCGCUUACAACUGUUUAGGUGUGUGCAUUGUGUGCAGCAUUGAGGAGCGCGCGGAAAGGCGCAGAAGAGAGAGAUACAUCGCCAUCAGAUUCCCGUUUUGUUUUGAGAGUGGUGCGGUGGAAAAGUGUCACGCCUAGUCAGACCCAGUGGUGGCGGGAAGAGAAAGUUUCCAACAAGUGUGUUGAAGAGCGGCGGACACAAUGAUGACCGAAACUGUGGUAACGGUAGACCAGUCGCAGGCAGCGCCGCCUAAUGCGACUCCGCACGGGCAGCCCAAACCGGACAACAGUCUGAACUGGAUCAAGUUCAACUUCAGAUAUUUCCAAUCCAUUCCGGGGAUAUUAAAACUGGUGCAACUGGUGUUCGGCAUCAUCUGCAUGGCCUGUGCCUCACCUGCCCUGAUCGGAGCCACGCAUUGGUUCCUGUUUGUUGUGGUCACAUCGUUCAUUGCGACCGUCUUGUGGAGUUUUGUGUAUCUGCUCGGCAUCCGAGAGGUCCUGAAUAUGCCCAUCAACUGGAUUCUGACGGAGUUGAUAAAUACGGGCAUUGCGACGUUGCUAUACUUCAUUGCAUUCAUCGUGCAGCUGGCAUCGUGGUCCAAUUAUUACUACAGCCACUAUAGGAGUGCGAACAUCGCUGCAGGGGUGUUCGGAAUUUUCAACUUCCUAGCGUACACGGCGGGAUCGUACUUCCUGUACGUGGAACACAAAUCCAGCGGAGUGUAAACAGUCCUCGUUUAGUAGCCGCUACCUCUGAACCACAUCAAGCGCGUGACUAUAGAGAGUUACUCAGUACACAAUAUUAAACACUAAAAGCAAACGGAACCACAAAGUGCCAAGGCAAUCUGGCGUCAAAUGGGAAACUGUGCAAAUUGUGCUAACAAUAAACUACUUAGCUUCUUCUGUGGAUGACAAAUCGCCGUCCCGAGCGUUGAUUUUAGCUGUAACACGAGCUUCCACUGCACGGCGCUUCAUGGCAAAAUGCAGAAACACAAACAGAGUCAUUUUAAUGUAGAAAUCCAGCAAACGCAAUCACAACAAUAGACACAAAUAGGCUAAUGAACAUACAAACAUAAAGAGCAUUUCAUUUCGUUGCCUUUGUUUUCUACGUAUUUUGUUAAUUAAGCACAAUUGUUUUUAUAUUUUUUGUUGUUGCCCUUAUUUUCAUGCAGUUGAAUAAUCUAAAGCCAAAAAUUGAGCACGCGUUCGAAAAAGCCAUCCGCGCGGUAGAUUCAAAAUUAUAUUUACACACUUAGUUCAAGACGCGAAAUUCACUAAUCUUGCGGUAAGAAAACGGAUAAAAACUGAGAAACUAGGUGUUAACAUGUCGAUUGGAAAAUAAUUUAGGAGACCAACACAGUUCUAACCUAAUGCGAAAACAAAGAGAAGGGGUAAUAGGAGUAAAGCUUAGUAUAAGUGUCUACACCUAAAUACGUUAGAAAUGUAUUUAAAACCAAGUAAAUUAAUCAGUAAUAUAACUUAUAGAUCACGACGAAUAUUUUAUUAUUUCAAUAAAUGAACGGUUAUUUAUGUUA